CAGCCAAUGAGACAGCAGCAUUGGCGAGUCAUCAGUAUGCAUGAGCAGAGAGGCAACGAAGGAGGUGCCAGCGCAGAUGUGGCCUUGCAGUCAGCCUCACGUGCAGCAGGCUGCUGCCGACUGGAGGGAGCCGUGUAAUUUCUGCUUUGGCUCCUGCUUGCCUGUGUAGCUCGCUCGGUCGGAGCUUUGGGGCCUGUCCUGGAGGUCAUCUGCCGAUCCAGUGAUGGGGUGCCAGCUGUCUGGAAUCUUGCUGGGAUCUAACUGCAGGGUGAAUGGGAAAGACAUCGCUCUCCACAGUCAACACGACGUCAUCCAAAUUGUGGGGAAAUCCAAGGAUCCAAUCACACUGCAACUAGAAACCAGGCAGUCCUGUUAUCACGAAGCUCAUAUGUCAGAUUGCAGCACCCAGACUGAUCAUCCUUGGAACACCCCAAGGAGUUUUGGGGUGUCCAUGAGGCCACAAAAUGGGUGUAGCCCACAUUGUAACAGAAUAUGUGAGAGCCAAUUUAUGUCCCAGGGUCGCUACCAUACCACCGAAUACCUGCCCAGCUUCCCUCGUGAUGUGGAGCAACUCAGGGCCAAGGAUCCCACAGCAUCCCAUUUUACACCCAAGGAGUGCAGAUUUCUAAACAUAUGUUGCUCAUUUAAUACUGAUGGGUCAGACAGCUUUUUGAGCCAGACCCAUGCUGAGAACAAUGUCUUACAGAGGAUUUCAGAAUUCACACCCGCCCACCAUGAGCUGGACAGUGGGCUUGGUUGCACUGAUGGGAGUUUCCACCAAGGUGAGCUGUCAGAGCUGGAGACAGAAGGGGCUGAGGAAGCAGGAUCAUCACCGCCAGACAGGGCCAGCCGUACGUCCCGGUCUUCUGAGUCACUCAUUUCCUCAGAGCUUAGUGACUUAGGUUUUUAUAGUGUUGGCACCGGUGAGUUCCGAAGCUUUCAGAAGGUUCUGGAGAGGAGAAUUCGACAGUACCGAGCCAAGACUUUACCAGGAAGGAGAGCCAAAGAUUUCAAUGACAAAAAAAUGGAGAGGGUAGCUAAUGACAAUGAAAGAAAGCAUCUGCAAAUUUUAGAGGCCAUCCCUGAAACUUUAGUGUGUCAACAGCCAUUGAGAAGCAAGCAUCCAAACAACACUGCUAGUACUAGUGCAGGAUCUGAGGCGUACAAUUCCUUCUUGGGAGCUCCAUCUGGUCAGUACAAGAAAGUGGCAAGCCCUCGGCGGAGAAGCUAUGACUCUGUCACUUAUCAUACACUGCAGACAGUCCACAGUUCUACUUGCACCCCAAAAAUGGCUGUACAGAAGGACAGUAGUUGCUCAGAAUGGUUGAUGAACAACACCUGGCAAACGUCCAGGCAAUUUGAUGAUCAGAAGCAGAUCUGGCAUGGCCAGCACGUCAGAUCUGCUAAGGUUCCACUUCAGCGGACAUUUCUAACAAACUACCCAGAAAAACAAAGCAGUGAGAACAACAACUACAGGAAAGGGAACCCCAGAGAAAGAAAAACUGAGAACCUAUGUGGAAAUCCAGCACAACGUGAUCCACUUGUUGAGAGUGAUCCAAAUCAUGGAAGCACACAGACAAGAAAUAAGGCAACUGGCUGUGGAAUCCAGACCCAAACUCGACAUCCUAACUCCUAUGGGCAAUGUGAUGACACAUCCAUAAAGAUUGCGGACCUCUCCAAUCAGGAUAAUUUGCACCAUGACACACUCAGCAGCCAAGAAGGGCAGUCGCAAUUGAUCCACAGCACUCGGACACAGAGAAGUCAAUUUUUAAAAGCCAGAGCCCUCCGAAUCGCAGAUGAGCGUAAUGGAAUGACCACAGAUGACGAUACUCGCAGUGAAAUCAAGACCGGGCGCUACUGGAGCAAGGCUGAGCGCAAGCGGCACCUGGCUAGUGCUAGGGAACACAGGCAGAAACGAGUCAGUCGAAUGGAAAGGCGCCGGAGCAGUGGUAACGACAGUACAUUAAGCAGCACUAUCCUGGAGAUGAGCCAACGCAAGCUGAGCAAGAUACGGAACAAGAAGGUGUUGGACAACUGGAUCACCAUCCAGGAGCUGCUCACUCAUGGCUCUAAGACAGGUGCAGGGGGCACCCGUGAUAUCCCAUUGUUUAGCCCCCUGCUGUCCGUUACCACAGUGUGAGAGGUGUAUUGGGGAACAAGGGUGGCAACUCAUGCCUGAAAGAACUCUUUCUUUCUAUCUAUAGUUAAAUGGCACCAGCUUGGCAGUUGUCACCCACCCAACACCUAAAAGCCAUGUACUGUGUUUACAGAAAUACAAUCAGCAUAGCCAGCUUUUCCCCAGUGUGAGAAUCCCCUAGGCAGAAGCCACUACCUGCACUGACUCAGGAUAAUGAAUUAAUAGAAAUCAUGAUUGUGAGCAGAAGAGAGUGAAGGAUAGGAUCCAUCCAAUCCUUCCUAUUCGUUUGGCUUGUCUCAGUGUGCUCAUGCAUUGCGCUGCAUCUCUAUUGGACUCAAUCUGUGGGUAACGAGGACAUUCUUCCCCACCAAGCCCUGACCCCCAUCCCAAACAAGCCAUUCCCCUUCAGUGCACAGGUUGCUAAGGAAAUCUAGCAAAAGGAAAAACAAGUCUUUGUGCCUUUCACAGACAAUCAUUGGGAAUCUCAAGUUUUGUACUGCAGCCAUUUUUUUUCUGAGGAAGUGUACAGAAUGCAUUUUUGCUGUUUUUCCAUUUUACUCAAUGAAAUUAAAGAUUUUCACGGUGGA